CCACCGUGCAUGACAACUGCCUUCAAACCCUCAAAGAAGCGGAAGAAGAACUGUUCCUCGCAGGUUUCCGUAGUGACGUCACACCCAAACAAGCAACAGUUUGCUGCCGAUUACUGCCGGAUGGUUCAAACUAAGUUGAUUUUCUCUUUAUAGUCAUCAUUUAUCAUAAUGUCUCAGGAUCUUUGGUUACAGAACUAUGAUGCCACUUGUCGCCUGGCACAGGAGAUAGCAGAAAACAUUCAUGAACGGAACAGGCAGCAGAGGACAGGGGGGAACCCUGCAAAGAUCAACAUGACACUACGGGCAUCCCUGCAGAAGCUGAAACAGAAUAUUUACCAACUCAAAGACGGUUUGUUGCGAGCUUCAUCAUCUCGGCGCAUAAUGCAGUCGGAAGCUGACAGGAGGCAGAACCUCAUUGAUGACCUGCUAACCAGAGAGAAGCAGCUCAAUGCCACCUUCAAGGGAGACAUCACAGAACCAGAACCUUCCAGGUCGACGUUGAUGGCUGGAGGGGCAGGAGCAAGUGGAGGCUUUGCGGCCAACCCUUGGCUGGUCAACGAAUCGGAGGAGACCAGAGGGCUUACCUUUGGGGAGAUCAAACAGCAGCAACAUCGAAUCAUUGAAGCCCAGGAUGCAGGCUUGGACGCACUAGCAGCUGUCAUCACCCGACAGAAGAUAAUGGGCCAGGAGAUUGGCAAUGAGCUGGAUGAACAGAAUGAAAUCAUUGAUGACCUCGCUCAUCUUGUGGACAAGACAGAUGACAAGAUUCGUAAUGAGACAAGAAGGGUGAAGCUGGUCGAGACAAAGUCAGCCUCCUGUGGGAUGCUGGUGGUGAUCGUACUGCUUCUUAUAGCCAUCAUAGUGAUCGCUGUGUGGCCCGUAUAGGUGAUGAGGACUGCAGUGAUCAUGGACCUGUGCUGGAUGACUAUUACAGUGACAGUUUGCAUACACAUUGCACACAUGUACAGACGCAGACACUCAUUUAAACACUGUCUCUCAUCAGAUUUUAUUUUCUUAUUCUUGCUCUUCAUUUUUAGAGAGAGGCCACUGGUGACUGCCCAACCAAGGAAAUGUGAAAUGAAGACUUAAGCAGCACAGUUAAAUUUUUCAAUACAGUAAGUUGCUGCUUGGGUGAAGGACAUUGGUAGCCCUGCAAUAAACUAUAUUGCUUGGGUGUAAUUUGUCCUCUUUAAUAGCUGUGUAGGUGUCAAGCUCAUUAAAUCAAAAACUCAUCAAACAGAUAAUUAUUUCGAGGUUUGUAAGCAUUCUGUAAAAUAUUUUUAGCCUGGACUGUGGUGAAUAUUGAUCCGACAGUAGGACCUCCCACAGGUAGUAGGAGCUUUCCUUCCAUGAGUCUGUCUUGGCUGAGGCUCACACUGGGUAAUGUUAUUCUGCAAGCUUUGCAGUAUUCACACUCACUUAUAUUUAUCCAUGCAUUACUGUAGCAGCUGUAAUGUUAUUUGUCUCGGGAUUUUACAAUGUUUAUAGAGUGGCUCUCAGCCAAAAAAAACAGCUCAGCUGUUUGGCUACAUGGCUGUUUUCUUUCCUUGUAAAUCAAUUCACCUUGUAAUUUCUAAUAAAUGACAUUUCCAGUU